AUGUCCCAACCCGGGAUCGUCCUCCUUUUCAACCCAAAGCAGCACUCGCACCUCACGCCGUACCUCGCCGCCAUCCACGCCUCGUGCAUCACGCAGGACCGCACCGUGGCCACAUUUCUGCCGCCCUUGUCACACGAAAAGCUGUUAACGUGGUGGAAAGAACGCAUCGCCGAAGUCAACGACGGCAAGAGGCUGAUUUGGAUUCUCGUCAAGGAGGUUGAUGCCAGCGGGAGACCCAAGGGCCCUGAUGUCAUGGGCGUCGUCAUGCUGUCUACGCCGUAUUCGGAAACAGGUGCAUUCAGGGGAUAUGUGGAGAAGUUGUUCGUUCACAAGAACUUCAGGGGGAGAGGGGGCGCGAGGGCCUUGAUGGAGGCCUUGGAGAUUGAGGCGGCGAAUAUGGGGAGAAGUAUAUUGAGUGUGUCCAUUGCUGACUUUUGGGAUUUUGGGGUGUAG